GAGAGAAAAAACGAACGACGGUGGCGUCUUCUCCUUGUCGUGAUGGCCGAACCUGCGCGGAAAUCCUCUCUUGCUGCUUCCCGUUUCCCUCUCGUGACUAGUCGAUUUUUCUGGGGCUUUGGCCCCGUUGAAUCACGGGCCCGUGUCCACUGUCUUGCCUUCUGUGCGCCUCUUUAUGCGCCUCUGUAUCGUCGCCUGUCGCUCGUUUCCCUCGUUUUGUGAUCCACUGGUAGUCGCUUCUCCACUGACUUCAGACACAGCGGCUUCUACGGGGCUCUCGGUUGCUCAGAGUCUCGACGCAGUGAACCUGCGAUCCCAGGUUCUGCUCGCUUCAGCCUAUGCGAGUUCGUAUUUAUCUCCUUCUCCAUUGCUACCUUAUGUAAUCGUUUCUCACCGCACGUAGAUGCCUUCUCAAUUCACAAGAGUGUGGAGCCAAGAAAUGCGCUCCAAGACAGGCAGAGAUGCACAUAAACAAGCAUAUACAAAUGUAUGUGUACAAAACUGUAUGCGUGGUUUCUAAAGCAUCCGCGAGAGUUUCUCUCCAGGUGGAUGCUUUUGAACGGGUUCUGCCCUGAAUAAGAAUUCCACGAUGGUGUUUCUUUCAUGCUUGCGUUUGGGUGGGGGUCCUGGACGAGCGCUCUGUACACCGACUUUCCAUGGUCUUUCUGACGGGCCUUACCGUCGUCUCAAAUUUUCUCUCAAACCUAUCCGUCACGACUACCGAGAUGUCCUGGUGUCUGCGGACCUCCGGAAGCUGGCAGAGACAGCCCAGGAAUUGUUGCGAGGGAAGGAGACGAAACGACGAGCUUUUUGGGAGAUCUUCAGCAAACGAGUGAAAGCUUCUGCUCACAUGCUUUCACCCUCUUUGAUGGCUCUCAUCGCCAAAAGCUUCGACGUCCAUGACAGAGACACGGGCAUCUACGUCGCUCUUGCCACUGUCCUACCGGAGGCAGUGAAGCGCGCAGACGGCCGGUCUCUCCUCACUCUGUCGGACGUCUUUUCUCGACGUCUGAAACGCGACAGCAAUCCCCAUCUCUUCUCGACCCUCGCACGCCAGCUUCCGAAUGCGCUGUACCAGCUCACGGGCAAGGAUGUUCUCCGUAUCCUAAGCUCGCUAGAUGCUGCCGGUCUCGCCGACAUGCUGGCAUGCAGACAGGUCGCACGGAAACUCCUCGCAGAGCUCGACGAGCUCGACAGCGUAGACCUCGCGGACGCCUCUGCUGUCUUCGCAAGUCAGGGCUACAGGAAUCCGGAGUUGUACUCAGCUCUUGCUCGGCGAGCUGUCGAUGUCAAAGACUCCUUCGAUGUACGUUCACCCGCUUUUGAGUGCUCUCUGAGGCUACCGAAUUCGUGAAUAUCUUACGGAGUGAACCACUCUCAGACACUUGCCGACAAAAUAUGGUGUCCAGCUAGGUGUCCGGGCCAGCAUUUCCUCCUUGAUCACCUGCGAUUAUUCUUCGAACGCCAGAGCUGCAGUCAGGCCCCCACAGUGUUUCGGCUUUUGAGCGGCUUCAGCCAGAAUGCUGUAGCAUGCGACGAACUUCUCGAAUCUUUUUCGACUCUGCUGGUGUCAUCGAAAGACCAAUUCACCCAGCACGAGCGCCAUGUUGUUAAGCAGUUGG